GUCUUGGCUCGUGGGCAGCUCUUUAGCAAUCCCGACUGGAACCUCACACCAAAAGGCAACAUGAUUAUGAUGACUGAUGUUACUGCAGCCCCCAGAUUGGGGUCAGCUGCCACCACUCCAGCUGUGGCUCCUAACUUCUCUUGGAUGCCAGAGGAUGGCAGCCCCACGGCUGUGGAGCAGCCAAUAUUCCUCAUGACCACUGCUGCUCAGGCUAUCUCAGGUUUCUUUGUAUGGACAGCUUUGCUCAUCACAUGCCAUCAGAUCUACAUGCAUCUGCGCUGCUACAGCUGCCCAAAUGAACAGCGCUACAUCGUUCGGAUCCUCUUCAUCGUGCCCAUUUAUGCCUUUGACUCAUGGCUCAGUCUCCUGUUCUUCACCAAUGACCAGUACUAUGUUUACUUUGGCACAGUGCGGGACUGCUAUGAAGCCUUUGUAAUAUACAACUUUCUCAGCCUCUGCUAUGAGUACUUGGGAGGGGAGAGCUCCAUCAUGUCUGAGAUCAGAGGGAAACCAAUUGAGUCCAGCUGUGUGUAUGGGACUUGCUGCCUGUGGGGAAAGACAUAUUCAAUUGGAUUCCUGAGAUUCUGCAAGCAGGCUACCCUGCAGUUCUGCGUGGUGAAGCCCCUUAUGGCGAUCAGCACAGUCAUCCUUCAGGCCUUUGGCAAGUACCAGGAUGGUGACUUUGAUGUAACCAGUGGCUACCUCUAUGUGACGAUCAUCUACAACAUCUCUGUCAGCCUGGCACUGUAUGCCCUCUUCCUUUUCUACUUUGCCACACGUGAGCUGCUCAGUCCCUAUAGCCCAGUCCUCAAGUUCUUCAUGGUGAAGUCUGUCAUCUUCCUGUCCUUCUGGCAAGGGAUGCUGUUGGCCAUUUUGGAAAAAUGUGGUGCCAUCCCCAAAAUCCACUCUGCUAAUGUGUCUGUGGGUGAAGGCACAGUAGCUGCUGGCUAUCAAGACUUCAUCAUUUGUGUGGAGAUGUUCUUUGCAGCCAUUGCCCUGCGCCACGCCUUCACAUACAAGGUGUAUGUGGACAAGAGAAUUGAUGCCCAAGCUGUUCCAUCAUAUGGGCCAUACGGUCGCUGUGCUCCCAUGAAGAGCAUCUCCAGCAGCCUCAAGGAGACCAUGAAUCCCCAUGACAUUGUCCAAGAUGCCAUCCACAACUUCUCUCCAGCCUACCAGCAGUACACCCAGCAGUCCACACUGGAGCACGGUCCCCCCUGGCGCAAUGGCAGCCACGUGAUCUCGCGCUCCCACAGCUGCUCCGGUGCCCGUGACAACGAGAAGACCCUCUUGCUGAGCUCCGAUGAUGAAUUCUAGGAGGGGAAACUGCCAGCACUGGCUGUG